AUGUCUAUGGAAGGAUUCGGUUCAGUUAAGGAGUCUUUUGAUCAAAUCAUUCAGAAGGCUCCACAUCUCAUAACAACUGAAAAGAAAAAGAGAAUUGCUGCAUCAUUCCAACAACUACAAGAAGAAAACAAAUCAUUGAAGGGUGAGAAAAAGAAUCUUAGAAAUAGAAUCGAUGAGGAAACCAAUCUUUUACAGAUACUGAGUGAUCAAGCCGAUGGUCUAAAGAGAAUUCUCUCUGAAAAGGAUGUUGAAAUCAAUGCUCUAAAUCAAACAAUCAAAGAACAAUCAGAUAAUCUAUUAACUUUUAAACAGAAUUUAGAGAAUGAAAGUAAAUUAAAAGAUGAAACUCAGAAGAUGGAUGGACUACAACAAACAAUCAAUGGUCUCAAUCAGAAGAUUAAUGAUCUCAGUUUGGAGCGUGAUCAACUCGCUGGCUCACUCGAGGAGGAGCGAAAAGUUGGAUCAGGUCAACAGGGAGCAAGAGCAGCUGAAUGA